CACCUCCCUCCCUCUCCCCCUCCCGCCUCGGCACCUCUCGCUCUCCUGAGCAAGGUCAGCCCCUGUCGGCUCUCACCUCCCGCGCUCCUCGCUCGCUCCUGCCGGCCUCAGGCCUCCGGGCGGCGUUUUCCUCGACUCCUGGGCCCCAGGAAGGGAUCCCGGGGCUUCCCGGCGGCGGCGGCGGGAGGCCAGCCGCGGACGGGGACCGCGCUGCCCGCAGAAAUUCCGCGCGCUUCCGCGGAUGCCCCUCGCCCUGGCCGGACGACCCCGCUCUCCGCCUUCGGGGCCCUACGGGGCGCCCUCUUCCCCCGUGGUCUUUCCAGCGCCGGGCUAAGGUGGGCUUUGGCACCUCCUCCAUCCUCCUUCUUCCUUCUCUGUCUCCUUUUUCUCCCCUUUUACCCUCUUCUGAGCCCAACCGAGGGUCUCGCCAGAUCUUUCUCCUCUUUCACCUCCUCCUCCUCCUGGGGGAUCUGCGGAGGAAGGGAGCCCGGAAGGGGGCAUGUGGGUCUCCCUCUGACAGUGCCCAGGUUUGGGGUGACUCUUGCCCAAAUGGCCAAGUGGCUACGGGACUACCUGAGCUUUGGCGGUCGGAGGCCCCCUCCGCAGCCGCCCACCCCCGACUACACGGAAAGCGACAUCCUGCGGGCCUACCGGGAACAGAAGAAUCUGGACUUCGAGGACCCCUAUGAGGACGCAGACAGCCGCCAGGAGCCAGACCCCGCGGGCCCCGGGGACUCAAAGUAUGACUCUCCCAAGCACCGGCUCAUCAAGGUGGAGGCAGCGGAGAUGGCCAAAGCCAAGGUCCUGCUGGGCGGUGCUGGGGAAGAGUCAGAAGUUGACACUGAGUACUCAGACCCCUUUGAUGCCCAGCCUCAUCCGCCACCCCCAGAUGACGGCUACAUGGAGCCUUAUGAUGCCCAGCGGGUUGUGAGUGAACUGCCAGGCAGGGCAGUGCAGCUGUAUGACACUCCCUAUGAGGAACAGGACGGGGAGCCUGGAGAUGGGCCUCUUUCAGGGCAGAGGCCUCGACAGAGCCGGCUGCCCCAAGAGGAUGAACGACCAGCGGAUGAAUAUGACCAGCCCUGGGAGUGGAAGAAAGAUCACAUAUCCAAGGCAUUUGCAGUGCAGUUUGACAGUCCUGAGUGGGAAAGGACCUCAGGCUCAGCCAAGGAGCUCCGAAAACCCCCUCCCAGAAGUCCCCAACCUGCAGAGCGUGUGGAUCCGGACUUGCCUCUGGAGAAACAGCCGUGGUUUCACGGCCCCCUGAGCCGGGCGGAUGCUGAGAACCUCCUCUCACUCUGCAAGGAAGGCAGCUACCUCGUGCGGCUCAGCGAGACCAGUCCCCAAGACUGCUCCUUGUCCCUCAGAAGCAGCCAGGGCUUCCUGCAUCUGAAGUUCGCACGGAUGCGAGACAACCAGUUGGUGCUGGGUCAGCACAGCGGCCCCUUCGCCAGCGUGCCUGAGCUGGUGCUCCAUUACAGCUCACGUCCACUGCCCGUGCAGGGCGCUGAGCAUCUGGCCCUGCUGUACCCAGUGGUCACACAGAGUCCCUGCCCUGGAAACUCCGCCCCCUGCCCAGGGCCCUGAGGGCUGAGAGUCACUGGCUGCAAAUGCUGGAGGUCUUUCCAGUCCUGGAGGAGGCCAAAGGGAGGGACUUCCUAGCCUUCCAGUUCCUGGGUCUUCCUCAGGGCUGCCCUCUCGACCCCCCUCUGGGUUCUAGGAUCCAGGAUUGUAUGUGGAAGCCCUCCUCUGGCCUGGAAAAUAAACAAAUUAUUGUGUA